UCUCCUGCUGACCUGUCCUAUCAGAAAGGGGUGAGGUACACUUACAGGUACAGCACGACCAUUUACACCAGCCUUCAAGGCGCCAGCGCUGGCAGAAAUGGACUGGCUUUGGACUGUGUGGUCGACAUCGAAGCGGUCUCUGACUGUCACUUAAUGAUGCAGAUUAGAAAUCCACAGGUGAAGCGGCUUUCCCCUCAAAAAGAACAUUCUGUGCAGCGAUUAAAAAGUUUGAGGGAGUCACUGGAGAGAGCGCGCCUCAAGUUCUCCCUGCAAGGGGGAAAGGUCACGGCCCUCUGUCUCCAGGAGGGGGAGCAGGUGUGGGCCCUGAACAUUAAACGGGCCAUACUGAGCAUGCUCCAGACCUCCCCCACCACAUCCCAACUGGAAUUAGUCAAGGAGACGGAUGUGUAUGGUUCCUGCACCAGCAGUCUCUUCAGGCAGAACUUCACUGUGUCCAGCGCCGUGCGUCGACGGUGA